AUGCAAUACACCUUUAUUUCACUGUCCGUCUUAUUUUUAUCGUCUGUGACUGCCGUUCCAAAACUCAUAAAUGAUAGCGCUCUUCUACGACACAAACGGCAAACAUACUACCUCUGCGGAGUUUUUCCGUACCAGUACUAUUCAACUACAGAGGUGUCUCCACAUGCUAUAAUGGAUGUUGCUGCACGGUACCCUAAUCCUAAUCCACCUCCAUCUACAGACCGAUUUGGAUACUGUCCUUCUGGACAGCUGUCGGAAGUACGAUGCAGUGGCCGUGGUCAAUGUCAGCCUGGACAGACAUGCAUGAAUGGUCUCUGCUGUACAACAACGGGAAAUGAAUGGAAUGGUAAGCCUCUGCAGAUUUUCUCUUUCAAAAAAAAGGCUCUUGCACAACUCUACAUAGUAGACGACAUUGAAACACAGCAUUAG